AUGGCAAAUCUCCCCAAUCUACGACGUCUCUUUGUCGAGGCUAGAACGGAGUUCGAGGAGAACGAGUACUCCCGCACCGCGUUCUAUAAUCUCGUCCUUUUUAUUUCGUCCGUCGCCGUCUUCAGCCUGGCUGCUCAACGCAUGAGCGGACCCAAGGUCGCCCGAUAA